AUGGCGAACCCAUUCGCUACUCCCAAGCGCCCGCGAGCGCGGAAGGCUGAUGAUAUCGAAACGCUCAACCCUCGAGACAAAGCUCAAGCAGCUCUGCUUCAAGGACGAGCGACGAUAACUCACCAGCCUUUCCCAAACAGCAGUAGUCCUCUGCUACCCGCCCUACCUCCGCAUCGAGCUCGAAGCCCCGAACGACAUCGCCCAGAUUACGCCCGAACGAACAUCUACCAUAAUCUGGAAGACGAAGGGAGCAAUAGCGCUGCCGUAGACGCCGUAGAUAUCGAAGCGCACGCAGAAGACAUCUUUACACGAGAGAAGGAACGUCUUCAGAUUCGUACCGAUGUCCUCAGAAAAUUCGCAACCACAAUUAGUGAUUGCGCUAAACAAUACACCUCUGGCUAUGCCCUCCAGAUCGCCCGCGACUUCUCGAAAUCCCUCCUUAAUCAUUGGGACAACUACGCAUGCGCGAAUUUUGAGAAUAAGGGGCAAAAUAAGAUUACCAUGGCUGUCUCCAAGCCGUCUGCAAUUUCCGGUCCGGCCCCGGCCCCCGGAGGCCGAGGCCGGCUGACCGGCUUUGCGGCCCGCGCCGCUACCGCUGAUACUCAAACGCCCGGCAACGUCAGUAUUGCGAGAAGAUCGCGAUCCAAAGGCAACCCCCGGGCCUCGAACCCGGAAAACCAGAAAUCGCAGAACCUUGACAGACAUCCGCACGCCUACCAGAUCCGCCUAGCUCUCGCACAUGCUACCUCGCUUCCAGCGGACGACUUUCAGGACAUCAAACCCACUAACACCGGCUGGUCCCUCACUACACGAACCAAUGCAACCGAAGCUACACUUCUCGAAACACAAGCACAGUGGGGCCCCAAGAUCGACCUUAUUAUCGCGGAAAAGAACGUCCAGUGGCACACCUACCUUGUCAAGGAAGUCCCACGGGUUCUCAACGACUGGGAGGGACAACCUCUGGACUUCGAACAGAUCAUCAGCGACGAAAUCAAGCGCCAGACUGACCAAUCCCCGAUCUCUUGGCACGUCUCCAAGGCCGACGAAGCCACUAACACCCCGACUUUACUAGGAACAAGCGCGUUCUUAUUCAAGCUCACUCGCGCUCCCAAGAUCUCACAGUGCAAGUCAUGCUGGAACUACCACGCCCCGACCCGUUGCACUGCCCCGGAAAUCUGCAAGAACUGCGGCCAACACACCACAUCUGACCAUAACGCCAGCGCUUGCGACCAGAUUACGCAGUGUGUUAACUGCCAUGGACCGCAUCUCCCCGACGAUCAGAGCUGCUUCGCCAAGCCCAAGAAACGCGAUGACGGCCUACACAAGCUCUCCAGAACACAACGCACGCACGCCAAGCUCUUAGGAGCUCAGGCGUUCAAGCGCUCUCACCCAGAGCUUGCCCCCGAACUCAACCCAACGAUACCAGAGUCAUCUGCCCCUCCCAGCCCGACCCCCUCCCUAGGGAUCAGGAAGGUGACACCACAAUAGACACCGCGCCGCCCACCGCUCCUAGCCAACCAACCAAGCCCAAGACCAGAGGGGGGCCUAUGUCGACCACUAGACGAAUAAUCACC